AUGCCCGGCCUUCCCACUGCCACCGACGAGGAGAUCGGCUUCCAACCGCCUCCAUCUAACCCUCUCGUCGCCCUGCCGGGCUCUGUCCCGGGCUGGGCAACGAGGGGGAAAUCGUGGAAGGCCUUGCCGCCGAUGACCAACGAGCCCGUCGGCAGCCAGGACAUUAUGCACUUCAACCCGGUAAUCAUUCUCUUCAUGUCCCUCGUCAAGUCCGAAGACCUCACCAGGGCCGUUCGGUCGGCCAAGCAGAAGGUCCCAGAGUUCAUGGAGAGCAUGGAGAUAUCGGACGCCCAGAGCUUCUUCGUCUUCGCCAACAAGAUGCUCAAGUGGACACCGACCGAGAACGUCGAGGCCAAGGACAUUUACGAUAUUCUCUGUCUGUUCUACUUUAUCCUUGACCAGCAGCCGCUGCUGGGAUUGCAGACGCCCAUCCAUCCAAGCUCGGUGGGCAAGCCCCUGAGCCCGCUGUCGAGCUGGAUCGUGGUGUUUGCGCAGCUCAUCGGGUUGUUCAUGGACACGCCGGCGUCUAUCAACGAGAAGACGUUCCAAACUUUUGUGGACUCGCCAAAGUAUGCGCUCCACGAGGCGGUAAUCCCCCCGGGCGGGUACCACACCUUUAACGACUUCUUCUCUCGACACCUCAAAGAGGGCAUGCGGCCCAUCGCCGACAAGGACGACGACAGAGUCAUCACCUACCCUGCGGACUGCACCUACGACAACUCCCUCCCCAACCAGAGCAUCGUCAACAUCAAGGACACGGGCGUCAUCGAGAUCAAGGGGCUUCCGUGGACCAUUGGCACGUUGCUGCAGGGCAGCAAGUUCGCAGACGAAUUCAAGGGGGGCGUGUGGAUGCAUGCGUUUCUCAACACGUUCAACUAUCACCGCCAGCACGCGCCCGUCUCUGGCAAGGUCAUCGAGGCCAAGAACAUCCAGGGCGCGGCCUACCUCGAGGUGGACCAACAGUGCCGACCCAUUCGCAAGCUCUUCCUGACGGCCAAGGACAUCGAGAAGGACCCCAAGUGCAGGCCAGAGGCGCCCGACUCGCCGGGGUACCAAUUCCUGCAGACGAGGGGUCUGGUAGUCAUCGAGAACCCGGUGCUCGGCAAGGUGGCCGUGCUGCCGAUCGGCAUGGCCAUGGUCUCGUCGGUCAAGUUGUCGGUGCACGUGGGACAAGAGCUGAAGAAAGGCGACGAGAUCUCGACCUUUUUGUUCGGAGGGUCGGACAUCAUCUGUGUGUUUGAGUCGAGUGCCGGGCUAAAGCCCGAGAACUUUGUCCCUUCGCCCAAGGACGACUACUCAAGGUACGGAAGCGUGCUGGCAAGGGCUCCCGGGCAUGGUUCGAACGGGAGCUCCAACGGGCACCACUGA